AUGGAUACGGGAAAAAUAUUUUUGCCCCCCAACAUAACUCUGCCUUGUAAGUUAAAAUGGGCUGUAGAUAACAACUCCAUAGUUACCUCGAAUCAAAUAAUUGCGUUUGUCAUUGAGAAUGAGCAGGACCGCAUUGACGGGGAGCGGACGGGAGAAUCGAACAGGGAGGAACCCCUCAUAGGGCAGUGGCCCACAGAGGAAGGAUCUUCCACCCGGAAGAACUUCCAUUUGGAAAGCGGCGAAACGGAAGGUACACUCUAUGGAAAAUCAAAAAACGGAGAAGAGGCAAUCCACUUAGCCAGUCCAAAUGAUAAUAUCUGCGGAAAUACGCUCAUGCAUGUGUGUGAAGAAAUACAAAGCAGUAUACCAAAUCGUUAUGAAGAAAAUCAUCUAAGGAGAGAUGCAGCCGAUGUUGUAGACGGGGUAGACAAGGAUGUAAUUGAUAAUGUGGAUAGGCAAGGUACCUUUCCAAACGGGACAACAACCACAAAUACCAGAGACAACAUGAACGUAGUAAAUAAUCAUCCAAAGGAAAGAAGAGACGAAUCGACAGAUAAAAAAAAUAAUUUUAUUAAUUUAAUUUUAAAUAAUAAAAACAACUGUGAUAUUAAAAAAAACACUUAUGUAACCUUGCGAAGUAACAACCAUGGAAGGAUCCGUAUAAUAAAACAAAAUCCACUUUUGGAAAAGGAAGAAUAUAUCCAUAUUAACUGUCCAAAUGAAUUGUUGUGCGAAAUUAGCGAUGAAAGGUGCAAGCAUGAAGUUAUUUUUUCGGGAUUAUGCACCAACUGCUUCAUAAACCAAGAAGAGAUUAACAAAAAUAAAAAAGAACAAAAAUAUUUUUUAUCCCCUGGAUUUUUAACGAACGACAAGGAACUAUACAUAAAUACCGAUAAGGUGAUCGAUUUGGAGAAAGAACGAAUUAGUAAUAUCAUUAAGAAUAGAAAAUUGUGCCUCGUUCUCGAUCUAGACAACACCUUGCUCCAUGCGUCCUUUUUUGUUAUCUCCAUAAAUAUGAACAACGAUGUGAUAAACAUUACGACAGAUCUUGAUGAGGAGUUGGAUGGGGAAGUGGGGUGUACAGAUGGUGCCAAAAAUUAUGGCAACCCUCCUUGCAUGGCCACGCGCGUAACCGAUUUUCCAUUUGAGCAAAACUGUGACUCGUUGGAGAGCGGCUUGACGAAUGGAAAGAAGGAGGACAACGUGGAGGUGGAGUUCGAUGCAGGUGGAGAGCAGAAACUCCCUGCCUGUGGUGAUGGUGAUGACGAUGGUGAUGGUGAUGGUGAUGGUGAUGGGGAUGGUGAUGGGGAUGGUGAUGGGGAUGGUGAUGGGGAUGGUGAUGGGGAUGGUGAUGGGGAUGGUGAUGGGGAUGGGGAAGCCAUGCUAUGUCCAGAAAUGAACCAAGAAGAAAUGUACUCCAUUUUCUGCCAAAAAAAAAACAACGGAAUGGAUCACAUGAACAAAUAUCAGGACAUAAAAUCAAGUUACGAAAAUUACUGCGAUUUUCUUGCCAAAAUGAAUACCAUAAAUUUGUUAAAGCAUAAUGGAAAAUUUAUACAUUAUGAAAAUUUAAAGGAUAAAAAUAUAAAAAAAAAAAUCGAUAAAUUGGAAAAUUCCGUCCUGAAAACAAAUGUGAAACACCACAAAGGAUCAUAUACUAUUUAUUACAAAUUAAGACCUGGCGUAAUUCAAUUUUUACAAAAAAUGAAUAAAAAAUACGAAAUAUAUUUGUACACUAUGGGGACUUUGGAACAUGCGAAAUCUUGUUUGUUAUUGUUGGAUCCUCUUAAGAAAUUUUUUGGUAAUAGAGUUUUUUCCAGGAAAGACAGUGUCAAUGGGUUGAAACACUUGAACCGCAUAUUGCCGACCUAUCGAAGUGUAUCCCUGUGCAUUGAUGAUAGUGACUACAUGUGGAAGGAGAGUAGCUCGUGCAUUAAAGUACAUGGGUACAACUACUUCCCAGAAAUUAACUUCUUAGAGGAUAUUAAAAGGAAGCCCUAUUUUUUAACCAAGUUUUUUGCUAUGGCACAGUCGUACUUAAACUUCUCUUCCAACCUAUAUGGAUUUAUUAAUUUUAAAUGCAGCGAAUAUGAAAGGAUGAAGAUUCAUCGUUUUAAAAGCGUGCUAUACAAUGAGUGCGCAAAUUGGGGUGUUCCUUACAAUGGUCCCAUGGCAAUGGGUGGUGCCUACCCGAUGGUUGAUCAGGGCUGCGUAGAAGAGGGUGAGGAUAACCUCCCUGAAGAAGACCAAUUGGGGGUACCUUCUGGAACCUCGCCUAGUGACUCCCCCCUUGGUGGCACAUCACACGUGGAUGGAUACCAUUUCGAGGAGGAAAGUACCUCAGUGAAGGAAGACAUGGAAAACGCGGUAGACGUAGGAAGAGGGAAUUCCCUUAAUAGAAACGACGACAACAUCAAUGACGACGAAUUGGACGAAUCCUUCGAAGAGAGUUUCAUCGAUUUAGACAAAGAAUUCGAAACAGACAGUGAAGAGGAUGACAUUAGUAUGAUUGAUUCUAAGAUGGGCAAUAACUCAUGUGACAUGAGUUUACAAAACGGUUUGGAAUUUCUUGAUGACACGGAGGAUUAUCCUGAGGGGAAGGAAGAAGAAUCGCUCCACAAUUUUAGUGGAGAGCACGUGGAAAGUACUUUGAUCAUGGGAGCGCAAAAUGGAGUUGCUAGUAGUGACGAUCCUUCGAAAUUUAAUCCAAAUGAUGGUAUGUAUAACCUUAUGAACAACCCCAACUUGUUCCACAUGGAAAAAGCGAUUACGGAAAAUGUAAAUAAAAACUUCUCCCCACAGAAUGACAAUAAUUUUUUAGUCAAUGCAAACGAUUUGGAAGUGGCAGUAGCCACCAGUAGUCUCCCUCUGAAUGAUAAAAGCUGUGCAGGUGAUUUGUUCCAAUCGAAAGCUGAGCACCAUAUUCCCGAGGAGAGCAACCCGAUGGAUACGAAAAUUGAGACGCCAAGCCACUGCGAAGAUAAAAUGAGCAGAACAAAUAGCCACAUAAACAGCUAUAUCAAUAUGAACAUACAUAUUAGCAAACACAUCGAUAAAAAAAAAAAUAAGAAAAAAAAAAAAAAAAAUACGAAUGCCGAAAUGACUAGUAGCAAGGUUAAGCACUCUCCACUGAAUGAUGGAGAAUAUUCUCCGAACCAAUUUAAUCAUCACUCCCUUCAUGUAAGAACAUCCGAAAGGUUCAUUCCGUUUGAGGACGAAAUUAUUUACAAGUUCAUUUCAGAGAAGAACUUUAGGAAGUACGAUAAUUAUGUGGUGGGUUUCCUGCGCAAUUAUUUCAAGGGGGGCAGGAUGAUCCGGGGGGAUGAAUCGGAAGAGGAGGAGAUGGUCGCCAAUGGGAAUGCCACUGUGGAUCCUAGCGCUUGUGUUGAUGAUGAUGGUGACGCCGAUAUUGAUGGCGAUAUAGAUGCCAAUAUAGAUGCCAAUUUUGAUGCCAAUUUUGAUGCCAAUAUAGAGGCCGAUAUAGAUGCUGAUGCGUGUGAAGAUGAGGAGUAUCCCAUAGGUUCUGUUGAAAGGGAUCCAGAAAAUCCCCAAAGGAGCCAUCAGAAAACUAAAGACGACGCAGAAAUUAAGACGGAAAGGGAGAAUCAUCAACUGGAUUUGGGGGAUCAUCUUCCCCGGGGGGGUCAACUCAAUGGGGAGGCCUCUACACACGACAUGGUAAAGAGAGUAGAAAAAAAAAUAAAAAAAACGAAAGUAAAAAAGCUAAUUCAUUUUGGCAAUUUAAGGAAAAGAAAAUCUACCAAUUUCAAAACAGUAAACAACAGUGAUGCCCCAGGUGAUCCAUCCCCACCUACUCGAAGGGAUAGCGAUCAAAGUAUUGGUAAAAACGGAGCAUCAAAUGGAAAUGAAUAUUAUGAAAGUUUUUGUAUUCCCAAAAAUUUCAACGAUGGAAAUUUUAAAGAUAAUGAUAAGCAGUUGCAUUAUUUGACAGCCAUACUGGAUGAAAUACACCACAUUUUUUACCAACUUUUUGAUGAUUUUAAAAUACAUAAAACGAAUGAAAAGAAUGAAGAAGAUCAAAUAUACAAUUAUUUUUUGCGUUAUCCUAUAGUUAGGACGAUAUUGAUUGAAUUCCGCAGGCAUGUUUUGAAGGACUGCACCUUCAAGGUCUCACAACUGUCGGAUGAAAUACGCAGGAGCGACUUUAUGGAUCACAUUUUGAAGUUAGGCGGAAGCAUAAACAAUGAUAAUUACACGCACAUUUUAACAGUAAAUAAUUUUAUAAAAAAUGAGAAUUGGGAAGAUGCCAAGGUUACGAAUUUAAUGUGGAUUGAACGAGCCUUGUACACUUGGACGAAAGUCGACACGAAGCAUUACGACAUGAGCUCAUGGGACAGAAUGCACAGGAAUUUUUGGGAUGUCAUUGAAUAUGAAGAGAAAAAAAAAAAGAAAAAAAUGAACUGA